GUGCUGCGACACUCUCGUGGCCGGCCCUGGCCCGGUAGCCUCCACUUGUGCCGCAGAGAGCUCUGCAUCAGGAUCAGCACCAGCAUCAGCAUCAUUCCCGCAACAACCUCCUCUCCUAUCACCACCACACUCCCGCUCCUCCCCUUCCUCCUCCCCAUCCUCCUCCUCCGCUGGCCCCCCACCGCCCCCGCCGUUCUUCCAAGAGGUGAUAUGCACGGUGCAGCGCAUGGUGACGCUCUACAGCACGGCGCGGCGGGAGGUGGUGGCCGUGACAUCGCUGCCCUCGGAGCCUUACAGUGUUGACAGAUUUGGCGAUGUGGUGGUGGCAGGGUGCUAUGGCACCGUGUGCCUCUACCUCAUCCGUCGGGAGCUGGUCAAGAAGACAGCUGGUUGGACCAAGGACGGCGCUCCAGAGCUCACCACCGCAUCCCACCCCGCCCACCACCAUCACCACCACUACCAACCACAGCAGCAACAGAGAGGGGUCAAGGGCGCAGCAGGGGCAGCAGCGGCAGAGGAGGAGGAGGAGGAGAGGGUGUGGUUUGAGGCGGCAGGGAUGGUGGGGGGGUUUGAGAGCAGUCUGAUCGGCUCCUCUAUGUGCAACUCUGUGCGGUUCGGCACCGUUGGCAACUGGGUGCGCAUGCUAGUGGCCCAUCAGAACGGUUAUCUCUACCUCUUCACGCUGCCACCGCCCUUCCAGCCAGCCACAGCUCGCCACGUGGGCCGGUCCGAUUGGGUUUGUGGCGCGCAGAGCCUCGAGGAUGCUCGGCAGAUGGCCCUGGAGGCUCGGUGCCGAACCUCCCAAGAAGGUUUGGGAAGCGGCGAGGCUGCGAAGGACGAAGGGGAAGGAACGCGGCAUGCGAUUGUUACUGCUGCUACUGCUACAGCCUCUGCGACUGCCUCCGCUGCUCCUGCAGCUGCUGCUACAGCUGCUGCGACUGCUUAUGGAGGGGACAAUGCAGGGUUGGAUCUGAGCGUGAGUGCAGAGGGGAGUGAAGGCAGAGCAGCUUCAGCCACGGCUGCCACAGCCGCUGCCACGGCUUAUGGUGGGGGAAGUGCAGGGUUGGAUCUGAGCAUGGGUGCGGAGGGGAGCGAAGGCAGAGCAGCUUCAGCCACGGCUGCUGCAGUGGCGUCGGCAGCAGCAGCAGCAGCGGUGCCGGCACAUUACCCUGCGGGGUCGGUGCCUCUGAGUGUGAAGCUCAACCUAAGAGACCUCACCACCGUUGACAUGCCCACAUCGGCGCCAGUGACCAUCCGCUCGGCCCCAGCAGGAGGGUUGGUGCGCACAUCGGCGCGCCUCGUCAACGCCAUCGGCCCCUUCCCCAUGCCGCUCAACUUCGCCCUCGUCUCGCCCAACGGGGAGUGGAUUGCAGUUGUCGGGGACCUCGCUGCUGUGUGUGUGCUGGAUCGGGCAUCUGGGUUCAGAGUGAGUGGGAUGGCCAGCAGGCGGAUUCCAUUGGCCUCUAUAGGCGCCGCCCACGGAUGCCAGUACCUGGCUUGGAACCCUUCAUCCUCGUUACUAGCAGUCUCCAGCGACACACUUGAAGCCGUGUACCUGUGGGGCGUGUCUCGUACCUCCCAACCUCGUGCAUCCGAGGCAGCAGCAGAACCAUCACCAUUAAAAGCCCGACCUUUCACCAGAGCCUCAGCAGCAGCAGCCGCAGCCGCAGCCGCACAGCAGUUACCAUCAGCAGCAACAGCAACAGCAGGAUCAGCAGCAGUACCAUCAGCAGCUUCAGCAGAAGCGCCAGCAGCGCCAGCAGUGCAGUUGACCCCGCUAGUGAAGCUGGAGCAGGCAUUCCAGUCUCCCCCGCUCGCACUGCAAUUUGACUGCUUCAACCCGCACCUUCUGCUGGUUGUAGAGCGGUGCAGAGCGGUGCACGCUGUGGACGUGCGAGCGCCCCAUGCCAGGCAGCAGAUCCAAGUGCACCGCCAACCGUCAUCGGAAGCAGAGGAGCAGAGGGAGGACGCAAGGGAGGAUGGCCGCUGGGUAGUUGCUUUGGAGGGUCUCCCCACCACCGCUGUGCCUCAUGCUGCUACUGCCGCUGCUGCUCGUGCUGCCGAUGAUGCUGAUGCUGCCACUGCCGCUGCUGCUCGUGCUGCUAAUGCUGCUGAUGCUGCUACUGCCGCCGCUGCUCGUGCUGCUGCUGGUGGUGCUGGUGCUGCUCCUGCUGCUGGCGGCACUCGUGCUGCUGCUGGUGCUGCUGCCGCCGCUGCUGGGGCUGCAGCCGCCGUCGUUGGGGCUGUUUCCGCUGCUACGGGUGCCGCUCGUGCUGUUGAUGGUGCUGGCCGUGCUGCUGGGGCUGCUGUGGCUGCUCGUGCGACAGUGGGGGGAGUGGUGGGGGGCAUGGUGGAUGCAGCACAGGACCAGCUGAGGCGCCGGUUGCAGCAGCUGGAGCAGCUGUUGCAGCGCCGCAACCAGCCACCUGUCAGUGACGUGGUGGGGCUCGCGGCUUACCAUCACCCAGGGGUGCUCGUGUCGACAGAAACCACCGUCUUCCAGUAUCCCCGCAUGGGAGCCUGGUCACCUGCCUCUCACCGCCUCUAUCCCAAGCGUUUCAAGGAGGUGGUACGGCUGCUGUUGAUGGGACACUACGCUACUGGGCAGUGGGAUUACAGUGUUGCUGCUGACAGCCACAGCAGCCAGGCGCAGUCUGACAGCAGGUACCUAUGGCUGCUUCCCCUGGAAGUAUUGCUUCAGAUAAUUGGACAUGCAGCUACACCACUUUGUAUGUGGAUUAGUGAUGCGUAA